AUGCAAAGUUUGGCCACUCUAAAUUUAAAGGUUGAACUUAGUUUAUAUGCCCAACUUUGUCACAAACAUUAUACAGAUACUGACAGAUUCAGAGAUAAUCAACCUGGCUCUACUGAUGAAGAAUUAUUCAAACAUAAUAAUAGUAUUUAUAAAACAAUUGAUUCUCUUUUAAAUGUUCUUGUUCCUAUAUGGAAAGAAUCUUCUCUGUCUACUUUUAUUUUAGAUAAUACAAUUAAGCUAAAAUUUAGAGGUGAUGGUCAUAAUAUAGAUUAUAUGCAGAAUUAUGUGUUAAUAACUUUUUGUCUUUUAAAUGAAGAUAAAAAAGUAUUAAAGCCUAAUUAUCAAUAUUGA